UAUAAUGAAAAAGAUAUACAAAUAGCAACACAGGACAUUUGCUGUACAAGGUUUGUAGGAUGUCAAGAAGUGUCGAGAAACAAGAAGGAGGACUUGGGAAAGUGCUGGAAAUAAAUACCAAUCACAUGAAGCAAAGUGUGUGCCCAGGUGGGAGCAGCUGUCUUUCGUCUCUACACUCAAUCUAUGACUGACAGGGCCAACUGAGAGACUAAAAUAUCAACCAGGAUCCUGAAUGGCCAUUCACGCUUAUAGAGAUGUUCCAUUUUGCAACAUCAUGGGAGGUUGUUUAACAUAACAGAAACCAACACACGAAUCGGUAGAGUCAGGAUACACUGUCUUUUUACAUAGAUUAAUAGAUUAGAUUUGUAAUAAUCUAGUGAUCUUUUUCAGUAGAUGGUCUUUGCUGGCAUUAGAAUACUCUCAUGAAGACUGACCACAAACCCAGCCCCACCUUUCUGAGCACAAGAUGGUAUGACUUGAGGGUGCAGGCUAUUUUAGAAGGUGGUAGUGGAAUGUCCAGCUGUUAAGCUGAUGACCUACAGGACACUCUGCCAGUGUAACAGAUAGUGUAGAGCUACAGUGACUGCACAGCUACAUCAUGGAAAACGUGGAAGUGUUUGACUCACCAGGAAAGGGACGUGGUUUAAGGGCCACAAAGGAAGUAUGGGCUGGGGAUGUUCUUUUUGCAGAACCUUGCUUUGCUUCUGUUGUCUUUGAUAGUUUUGCAGCUCAUGUGUGUCACAACUGCUUCCGUCGGCAGCAGAAGCUGCAGCGUUGUGGCCAGUGUCGGUUUGCACAGUACUGCGAUCGCACAUGUCAGCGUGCAGCCUGGGAAGAGCACAAAAAUGAGUGCGCUGCCAUUAAGAGCCAUGGCAAAGUGCCCAAUGAAAACAUCCGUCUUGCUGCUCGUAUUAUGUGGCGUCUUGAUAAGGAUGGUGGUGUGAUCUCAGACCUUCAGCUCAUUACACUGGAUGACCUGGAAGACCAUAUCUCAGACAUCCCUGAAAUUGAUCUGAAGGAGCUCAAAGUAGAUAUUCACAACUUCUUGGAUUACUGGCCCAGAACAUGCAAGCAACACACUGUUGACAGCAUCUCACACAUCUUUGGAUUGAUCAAUUGCAAUGGCUUCAUGAUAAGUGAUCAUAAAGGCCUGCAGGCGGUGGGUGUUGGUCUCUUCCCCAACCUCUGUCUGGUCAACCAUGACUGCUGGCCAAACUGCACAGUUAUCCUCAACAACGGAAAUCACUCUGCCAUCAGUACUAUGUAUCAUACUCAGAAGAGAAUUGAACUACGGGCCCUGGGUAAGAUCACUGUGGGGGAGGAAUUGACUGUGGCAUAUGUGGACUACCUGAAUCUGUCUGAGGACCGCAAACGCAUGCUAAAGCAGCAAUACUUCUUUGACUGCACCUGUGAUCAUUGCACCAACAAAACUAAUGAUGACCUGAAGAUGGCUGGUGCAGAAGUGGAUGGAGUUAAGGUACCAGAUGAGAAGGUGAAGGAAAUAACAGAAUAUAGUCAGGAGAUGCUGAAGAAAAUGGAGAAGGCCCGUAUAGAUGCAAACUACAAUGAGGUGGUAAAGAUCUGCCGAGAAUGUACGGAAAAGCAGGAAAACGUCCUUGCUGAUACCCACAUCUACCAGCUAAAGAUGUGGAGUACGCUCAGUGAGGUCCUUUCCUACUUGCAGUUCUUUGAGGAGGCAGCUAUCUAUUCGCGCAAGAUGGUGGAUGGAUACAUGAAACUAUACAAUCCAAACAAUGCCCAACUAGGCAUGGCUACAAUGAGAGCAGGAGUGACUCACUGGCAGGCUGGGCAAAUAGAGGUGGCACAUAGCAUGAUCUGCAAAGCAUAUGCCAUUCUCAUGGUGACUCAUGGGCCCACACAUCCCAUUACUAAGGACUUAGAGGCUAUGCGCAUGCAGACAGAGAUGGAGCUGCGAAUGUUUAAGCAGAAUGAGUACAUUUACCACACCAUGCGUGAGGCAGCGCUUAAAAACCAGCCCGUACAGAUGAUGUCAGAACCAAUUGAGGAGGGUAUCAAGAGUCUCUUCCGCAAGAAGUGACCUCAAACAGCUCACACACUGCCAUCCUUAUGAUUACUUGUAUGGAUUUCAUCACUGUGACUUAAGAUACUCAUACCAGUUAUCAGUAUAACUGACAGCUAUUUAAAACCACUUGCAGUACUUUUCGGUAAUUUCUUAGAUAAUAUAAUCAAAAUAAAAUCAAAAGGUUUUUAGGUUGUAUUUUAUAGGUCAUGUAUUUCUUUUUGAUUUAAUAGCCUACACAUUUUGAAUUGUGUAUUUUGUAAAUAAAGAGUCAUCACCAGCUGAAAGAUUUAUGUUUAAAGUGUAUUUUUCUAAGAACCCAAAUGUCACUUUCAAUUUGUCUAAUGCUGUCCCCCCCAAUGAUGAGGAAAUACCAAUCUGUCCCCCCCAAUAUACAGUAGAAAAUAUUUUCUAUAUGUCCCCCUUUAACCCUGCCAACGGAUCUGUCUUUUCUUCAUCUAUUCUAUUUAUUUAUGUCUAUUCCUUUUUAAUAUAUUUCCGUUUGUUAAGGAAAAUAGGUGUGUGCCCCACCUCCAAUAGU